UCACAGCAGCUGGAGUUCAUCACCCCCUUCCAGCUGUACUUCAACCCCGACCUCAUCUUCAGGAAGUUCCAGAUAUGGAGGCUGAUCACCAACUUCCUCUUUUUUGGGCCCCUGGGAUUCAGUUUCUUUUUCAACAUGAUAUUUCUGUACAGGUAUUGCCGCAUGCUAGAAGAAGGCUCCUUUCGUGGAAGGACGGCUGACUUUGUCUUCAUGUUCCUCUUCGGAGGGUUUCUCAUGACAAUAUCCUUUGGACUAUUUGGACUCUUUGCCAGCCUGUUUUUCCUGGGCCAGGCUUUUACUAUCAUGCUGGUGUACGUGUGGAGUCGCAGGAACCCUUAUAUCCGCAUGAACUUCUUUGGGCUUCUUAACUUCCAGGCCCCCUUCUUGCCCUGGGUCCUGAUGGGAUUCUCUCUGCUCCUGGGCAACUCCAUCAUAAUCGACUUACUGGGGAUUGCAGUGGGUCACAUCUAUUAUUUCUUGGAAGAUGUUUUCCCCAACCAGCCUGGAGGAAAGAAGUUGCUGUUAACCCCUGGCUUCCUGAAGAUGGUAUUUGACACACCUGAAGAGGAUCCCAACUAUAACCCUCUCCCUGAGGAUCGUCCAGAAAAUCAACCUAGAGACCAAGACCAGAACCACCAGCAACAUCCACAGUAACGGAGGGGACUUCUCCACGUGGCCAGCUUCCUCUCUUCCGGCUGGACUUGUGCUGUGGCCCAGAGAUCCUACUGGAAUAACACCAGUUGCCAUUCCGAUGUGUGAUGUUUCACUGUUUGUAUGGGUAACCCAUCUUCCUGUUGUACCAAGUAAUUCCACAGAGCUUUGCACAUAGAACUGGUGAAUGCUUACAGAGGUGUUCUAGGGACAGGGACUGGAAGUUGUGAUAGCUCCUCAGUUACCCAGUGGGGAAUAAGUAUCAAAUGGGGUGUUAAACCAGUUACUC